AUGACAUGCUCUAAUCCAAUCUCACCUUCUCUAAACUCUUCUAGUCCUAAUUCUUCUUCUUCUUCUCCUACUCUCACUCAAUCUUCUUCUUCUUCUAAUCUUCAUCUAAAUCAUCAUGAAAAAGAAUCCAAUCCAUCUACAUUUAAAACUAGAACUAAUUUAUUACGGAACAAUAAUUCCAAUAGAUCUCUUCAUCAUCGUUCAUUCUCUCAGGGUACAGUACCAUUAUCACCUUCAAAUCAUUCUCUAACCAAAUCACCUACUUCAUCUACUAGCACUACUACUACCACUACUACCACUUUCAAUGAACCUACUUCUAGUUAUAUUUAUGUUCAACCUGCUUCACCUCUUCAUGAACCUAACAAAUCAACUUCUCAUCAUCAUCAUCAUCAUCCAAACUCAAACCUUGAAAACCUCUCACAAAACUCAAAUCAUCCAUCACUAGAUCCUUCCAUCGAUCAUCUCACCGUCAGAUCUCGUCGAGCUCGCUUACCUUACUUUACUCCUCUAAUCCAACCUCAACCGUUAAGUUUUCCCAGAAGAUCUCCACCUAAAUCUCUGCUUCCCAAACCUACUCCACCUGUUACUCAUCAUCUUGUACGAGUUCACGAUUAUGCUCAUCCUCCUUCAAAUCAACCGAUUCAUUAUAUUUCAACCACUAAUCCAAACACUUCACCACCCACACAAGAUGCAAAUCAAGAUCCAUCAUCAUCACCUAUCAAAAGACCAUUACAUCAGAAAGCUAAAUCAGAAACCGGUUCGAGUUCAAGUAAUGGGAUGAUGAGAAUCGAAAUCGGACCACAUUCGAAUUCGAGUCAAAACUUAUUAUCAAUAGAUGAAAGCGAACUAGAAUUAAGUACACCCAUGUUACGAAAGAAAUCAGGAGAAGUAGUAAGAUCAUCCUUGAAGGAGACCCGAGCUAAAUCAGCACCUGCUACACCUACUGGACCCAAGUAUGUUCAUUUCGAUUCACAUCUAGAACAUGUGAAACAUUUCUUGAGUCAACAAAGACCAGCAGCCAGUAGAUUAGUAUUAGAAAUGAAGAAUUUUCCAUUAAAUCCAGAUUUGAAUGCACAACUUCAAGGAUCAGAGGUUUGGUUAAGAUGGAUCGAAUUGUUUAAUGAAGGUAAAACUUUAAAAGGUCAAGUUCAAGUGAAAAACUUAUCAUUUCAAAAACUUGUGGCUAUUAGAUUUACCUUUGAUGGAUGGCAAACGGUUUCAGAAGUCAUGGCAGAACAUCAAGAAUCUAUUAAAGAUGGUCAAUUCGAUAGGUUUUCAUUUUCGAUUAGAUUGGUAGAUCAAUUAGCUAGAAUCGAAGAAAGAAAGAUGUUUAUUGCGAUUCGAUUCACCAGUGAUGGUCGUGAGAUUUGGGAUAAUAAUUCUGGUUUGAAUUAUGAUUUGAGGUUUAAAAAGGUUAGAAGUACGGGUGGUGGUGUUAAUACUGCAAGUGCUGGAAUCAAUCAGUAUUCUUUUAAACCUUUGAGUGUGGUUGUACCUCAUCAUCCUUCACCUGAUCUUUCAAACCUUCCAACCUCAAGUACGACACCACCUACUACUACUAUUUCAAGUAAGACAUCACCUAUCACAACUGAACCUAAUCAAUCUGAUCCAAGUCCUAGCACAGCACCAUAUCAAUGGAGUGUGACGACCGAAGUUCAAGCCCAAGACCGAAUGGCCGAACUAAGAGCCGAAUUAGAUAGAUUAGUAGGCGACGAUUUAGGAUUAUCCAUGCCAUCUUCACUUGUGUUUAAAUCAUCCUCUUCUUCUUCACCGAAUCUUCCUAGCGAAAGUCCAAAGCUUGAAACUCAUAAAAAGUUGGAUUCCAUCUCGGCCACUAAUCAUUUGAAAUUAAAUUCAUUAACUCCUUUUGCUUCACGUUAUGAUUUUACUUCUUCAUUAAAACAAGCAGUGAUUUCUUCACCUAGAUUUGAAGAAAGGAAAUGGUCUUUUGGAAAUGGAAGUGGAGUAGGAAUUGGUAGUGGUAGUGGAGUAGCAGGAGGUUUUAGUCAAACUUCUUCACCUUAUUUUGAGGAUUGUAUGACUUCUUCCUCGAAUUCGACUCUUACAGAUUCAGUACCUCGAUCUGAAUUGUUUAGUAGAACUUCUCCUGAGGUUGAGAUUGGAUUAAAUGGGUUGAGUUCAUCAAGUUCAAGUUCAUCAGGUUUGAUUGGAAGUAGUACAGGGAAUGCAGGGAAUGCAGGGAAUGGGAACGGUCAAGCUGUUUUAGAGUCUUUGAGAGCUUUUCAGGAACAAAAACUUAAAGGUGGUCAUAACCUUGAAGUCUCAGAUUACGGUGAUUUAGUUCAAAACUUUUGUUGGGGUGGUGGAACAGAAAACGUAGAAGAAAGUAAUACAACUCAGUUAUUUUAUUCACCUGGAAUCAUCACUGGUUCAAGACCUUCAAGCUCAAGUACCAGUGGAUCUCAUUCUGGAAUCGGAGUGGAAGGUCAGAGUAGAGAAGAGAUUGGAAGUUUAUUGGAAAGUGUUCAGGUUAGAUUCAGUUCACCUUCUGCUUCUGCUACCAGUCAUCAUCAGAAAGCCGUGGGGUUGGGCAUCGUUGAGGGAGCUGGGGUUUAG